UGUUGCCAUGUGGGAUUCGUAGUCACUUUAAUUCAGAGGACGGGAGGUAUAAUAUACCAGUAGUAGGAUAGUCACUGUUACUAGAGGUUUCAGUUUAUGUUGUUCACGUUGUUCACCAUUCUAGUCCAGUUUAGUUUAGUAGUUAUCUCGGUGCGACAAUGACCCAAAAGACGAAAUGUCUGUUGGACUGCUGGACAUUCACAGAAGAGAGGGCAGUUGUUGCUCUUGACACUCAGGAGACGAGGAAACCAAUCCAGAAACGUGGACACAGAGAGCUUCUCACCAUGGACCCGGAGUGUAAAAUGGAGACUGUCACUACGCUGAUGGCAGAUUACGCCCCUCCGAAAGGUCCGGGAGUGAGGCUGCGGGGCAUCAGAGGCGAGCUUUGGGAAAAAGAUAUCGCCCAGAUGAUAAGUGAGAAGGUCCACGCUGAAAUGAACCCACCAAUUCCCAAACCUGACUACCGCUCCACAACCCACAAGGAUUUCUGUGUCGAGGGAUUUGUACCUCUAACCCCUGAAACAACACAAGUUCAUGAUUAUAGAGCUGACCAGGCCGUCACAUUUUGGAGUGAAAAUCGCCAGCGGAUACAGGGUGCGACCGCCGUGGAGACUCUGAGAGCACCGUUCAGGAAGUCGGCCCUGUUCAGCACACCCAUCAGUGAGCGGCUGGAGGAAAUCGAGCUCCCACUUGACAACUGAGACAGUAUGUCAGAGUAUCACAUUACAUCACUUCAUUACCAGUUAAUAUUAAAGUGGUAACCCACUUUAAGGGUUAUUGUUAUUCUCAACGGCGGUGACACCUCUGUUGGUGAUGAGCUGUCAUUGUCAAAUCUGAAAACAAGUACAUGUACUGUAGUUGAGAACAGUGAAGUCAAUGGAAGGGCAGCAUUUCAACAAUAAAUAUCUUCUCUACAUAUGUAUAUUAAAAUUUGGAAGACUAUUUGGUUAAAGUAUUACUGUCCGAAAAAAUAAAUCUAGAGCAGAUGGUCUUUAAACCUGUUAAACAUACUAUCUCUGAACUUAAUAAAAACACACUGACCGGUU